AUGAUAACAGAAGAAGAACGAGAAGGAAAUAUCACACACAUGACACCCAGGCCGAAGGAAUCCGGCGCCCCUCUCCAGAGCCGCAUUUGUCGGUCAGCGACACGCAAACAGCUCUCCUCGUCAUGCCUGUCAUUAGCUGCCGGAGCACCGUUUUGUGAAAUUAGCGCUGACCCGGGUACCAGGUUAUUCUCUAGCGGUGUAAUCGGAUUCGACGGACGGCACUGA